AUGGCGUACGAACUUUCUGAAAAGUCCGGAAAGCUUCAGCAAACUGUCCAGUCUGGUUCUCAGCCUGCCUCGCAACCCGCCUCUAGCCAUGGCGACUCCUCCGACCCCGAAACCCGCCCCCUCGAAAAGGCAGACACCAAACUCGCGACGCCUCCCAAGACGGCCAGCGCAGAUGAUGUCUAUGCUCACCUCCCCGAACACGAGGCCGACAUCCUAAGGAAGCAGGUUGACGUGCCUACCCUCACAAAGGGCGCUGGCGUCCUCUACCGCUACGCCUCGCGCAACGACAUUAUAAUCAUUGUCGUUUCUGCCAUUUGCGCCAUUGCCUCUGGUGCUGCUCUGCCCCUCAUGACUGUCAUCUUUGGAAACCUUCAACGUGUCUUCCGCGACUUCUUCUUUGGCGGCGGAAUGACGUACGACGAUUUCGUUGGCCAGCUGACCAAAUUUGUCCUCUACUUUGUCUACCUCGGUGUUGGUGAAUUCAUCGUCACCUACAUUUGCACCGUCGGCUUCAUCUACACCGGUGAGCACAUCUCUGCCAAGAUUCGCGAGCACUACCUCGAAGCCUGUAUGCGACAAAACAUUGGCUACUUUGAUAAGCUUGGAGCCGGCGAGGUCACCACCCGCAUUACCGCAGACACCAAUCUCAUCCAGGACGGUCUUUCUGAAAAGGUCUCCCUCACCAUUGCCGCCCUCGCUACCUUUGUUACCGCCUUUAUCAUUGCUUUCAUCAAUUACUGGAAGCUCACCCUCAUCCUUUCCGCCACCGUCUUUGCGCUGGUCCUCAACAUCGGUAUCGGCUCCAGCGUCAUGCUUAAGCACAACAAGGCCUCCCUCGAGUCCUACGCCGAGGGUGGCUCCAUUGCCGAAGAAGUAUUCAGCUCCAUCCGCAAUGCCAUUGCUUUUGGCACCCAGGAGCGCCUCGCGAAAAAGUACGACAAGUACCUGGCCAAGGCCGAGUACUUUGGUUUCCGCGUCAAGAGCGCUAUGGCCAUCAUGGUCGGUGGUAUGAUGCUCAUACUCUUCCUGAACUAUGGUUUGGCCUUCUGGCAGGGCAGCAAGUUCAUUGUUGAGGGUGUCAUCCCACUCAACAAGAUUCUCACAAUCAUGAUGUCCGUCAUGAUUGGUGCCUUCCAGCUCGGCAACGUCGCCCCCAACCUCCAGGCCUUCACCACCGCCGUAGCCGCUGCCGCCAAGAUCUUCAACACCAUUGACCGUCCCUCUCCCCUUGACCCCUCCAGCGAGGACGGCGCCAAGAUUGACAACAUUAUGGGCAACAUUCGUCUCGAGAACAUUUCUCACAUCUACCCGUCCCGUCCCGAGGUUCGCGUCAUGUCUAAUGUUAGCCUGAGCAUCCCUGCUGGCAAGACCACGGCUCUUGUCGGCGCAUCUGGCUCUGGAAAGAGCACCAUCGUUGGUCUCGUUGAACGUUUCUACUCCCCGGUUCAGGGGACAAUCUACCUGGAUGGCAUCGACAUGUCCACUCUCAACCUCAAGUGGCUCCGCCAGCAAAUGGCUCUCGUCAGCCAGGAGCCUACCCUUUUCGGAACGACCAUUUUCAAGAACAUUGGCCACGGCCUGAUUGGAACAGCUGCCGAGCAUGAGACGGAAGAAAGACAACGCGAGCUCAUCAUUGAGGCUGCCAAGAUGGCCAACGCCCACGACUUCAUCUCCGGCCUUCCUGAGGGCUACGAAACCAAUGUCGGAGAGCGCGGCUUCCUCCUCUCCGGCGGUCAGAAGCAGCGUAUUGCCAUUGCUCGCGCCGUCGUAUCUGAUCCCAAGAUCCUUCUGCUCGACGAAGCCACCUCUGCGCUCGAUACCAAGUCGGAAGGUGUUGUCCAGGCUGCCCUCGAGAAAGCCGCUGCCGGCCGAACCACCAUUACCAUCGCCCAUCGUCUCUCCACCAUCAAGGAUGCCCACAACAUUGUCGUCAUGUCUGAAGGUAAAAUUAUUGAGCAAGGCAACCACGAUGAUCUUAUCGAGAAGCAGGGUGCCUACUUCAACCUCGUCUCCGCUCAGAACAUUGCUGCCGCCGAAGAGCUUACUGCCGAAGAGCAGGCUGAGCUUGAAGCGGAAGAAUUGGCGCUGCUUCAGAAGAAGUCGACCAACCGUGGCUCUGUCUACGAAGCCGACCCAGAUGACAACAUUGCUGACAGACUGAAACGGAACUCAACCCGGGGGUCUGUCUCCAGCAUGGUUUUGCAGACCAAGGCGGUCAGCGACCGCCAGCAAAAGGAUAGCCUUGGAACCCUGAUCAAGCUCAUUGCCUCAUUCAAUCGACCUGAAUGGAAGCUGAUGCUUCUCGGCUGUGUUUUCAGCGUCAUCUGUGGUGGUGGUAACCCAACCUCGGCCGUUUUCUUCGCCAAGCAAAUCACCACGCUCUCUGCGCCUGUUACCCCUUUGAACCGUGGCCAGAUCAAGCACGACUCGGACUUUUGGAGCUCCAUGUUCCUGAUGCUGGCCUUUACCCAGUUCAUCUCCUUUGGCAUUCAAGGCGUUGCUUUUGCUCUCUGCUCCGAGCGCCUCGUUCACCGUGUUCGUGAUCGCGCUUUCCGAGCCAUACUGCGCCAGGACGUCGCCUUCUUUGACAUGGAGGAGAAUACUGCCGGUGCGCUGACAUCGUUCCUCUCUACCGAGACCACUCACGUUGCUGGCAUCAGCGGCGUGACGCUGGGCACGAUUCUGCUCACCGCUACCACCUUGAUUGCUGCCUGCACCGUUUCUCUCGCCAUUGGAUGGAAGCUCUCGCUCGUGUGCAUCUCGACAAUUCCCGUUCUUCUUGGAUGUGGCUUCUUCCGGUUUUGGCUUCUUGCUCACUUCCAGCGGCGAUCCAAGGCUGCCUAUGCUUCAUCCGCUUCGUACGCCUCGGAAGCCAUCUCUGCUAUUCGCACUGUCGCGUCUCUCACUCGUGAGAAGGACGUUUUGGAGAUUUACCAAGCGUCUCUUGCCGCGCAGCAGCGCCGCAGUCUGAUUUCUGUCGCCAAGUCUAGUGCUCUUUACGCUGCAUCUCAGUCGCUUGUGUUCCUUUGCCUUGCGCUUGGUUUCUGGUAUGGAGGUACCCUUAUCGGCAAGCGCGAAUACAGCAUGUUCCAAUUCUUCCUGUGCUUCAUGUCCAUCAUCUUUGGCGCCCAGUCUGCUGGUACCGUCUUUUCGUUCGCCCCAGAUAUGGGCAAGGCGCACGGCGCUGCCCAGGAGCUCAAGAUCUUGUUUGACCGCAAGCCUGCCAUUGAUACCUGGUCUGAGGAAGGCGAGCCCGUCACACACGUCGAGGGUACUCUUGAGUUCCGCGAUGUGCACUUCCGCUACCCCACUCGCCCUGAGCAGCCCGUUCUGCGUGGCCUCAACCUGACUGUCCGCCCCGGUCAAUACAUCGCUCUCGUGGGUGCGUCUGGCUGUGGCAAGAGCACUACCAUUUCGCUGCUGGAGCGAUUCUAUGACCCGCUUUCCGGUGGUGUCUAUGUCGACGGCAAAGAAAUCAGCAAUCUGAACAUCAACGACUACAGAUCGUUUAUUGCUCUGGUUAGCCAGGAGCCUACUUUGUACCAGGGUUCGAUCAAAGAGAAUAUUCUUCUCGGCACCACCCGCGAGGAUGUGUCCGACUCUGAGCUGGAGUACGCGUGCCGUGAAGCCAACAUUUACGACUUUAUCGUCUCUCUGCCUGAGGGCUUCAACACAACAGUGGGUAGCAAGGGUGCGCUGCUGUCUGGUGGCCAGAAGCAGCGCAUCGCUAUUGCCCGUGCUCUGAUUCGUGAUCCCAAGAUUCUACUCCUCGACGAGGCCACAUCGGCUCUUGACUCGGAAUCUGAAAAGGUGGUGCAGGCGGCGCUGGACAAGGCGGCUAAGGGCCGUACGACCAUUGCUGUUGCACACCGUCUGAGCACGAUUCAGAAGGCCGACAUUAUCUACGUCUUUGAUCAGGGUCGCAUUGUCGAGCAGGGCACGCACUCGGAACUGAUGCGCAAGAAUGGCCGCUACGCAGAGCUUGUCAACCUUCAGAGUCUUGCCAAGCACGGCUAA